UUGGUUCUGAUAUUUGAAUAGAAGGCAGACUAGCAUAGGGAAACGACGUCGUAGGAGUUCUUGAAGCGCCUAGGACUAGGAGUAUUUUGUUGGUUCAACAAGAAUCCCAAGCUAAGAAAGACAAACUCAGAGAGAGAAAUAUGGAGAUGAGUUUGAGUUUGACGUGUGCAACCCCACCUUCAAAUUCUAUGUGCUUCAACCAUGGCGUUCUACACUCACAGUUCCCAAUUGUGACCAUAAUAAGGAAGAACACUACUGGUCUUAUCAGUAAUAUUAGAAAAAGAACUAUAAAACCUAUUUCCACAAUCAAGGCUUUGAAAAGCUCAUCUUCAAAGCAGACCUUAUCGACCAACUGGGAUGUUUUCCAAGAUUACUCUGCAACUUCAGCUCCAUGGCUGCCCAGAUUCGAGGAGCUUGACACUACCAACAUGCUUAUCCGCCAGAGAAUUUUAUUCUUGGGCUCUCAGGUGGAUGACAUGACAGCAGAUUUGAUCAUAAGCCAGCUUUUAUUUCUGGAUGCUGAAGACUCAAAGAAAGAUAUUAAAUUGUUUAUUAAUUCACCUGGUGGCUCUAUUACUGCUGGCAUGGGUAUAUAUGAUGCGAUGAAGUUGUGUAAAGCAGAUGUUUCAACUGUUUGCCUGGGCCUUGCUGCAUCUAUGGGUGCAUUUCUCCUUGCUGCUGGUUCAAAAGGGAAGAGGUUCUGCAUGCCAAAUGCAAGAGUGAUGAUCCAUCAACCACUUGGAACUUCUGGAGGCAAAGUGACGGACAUGAGUAUACGAAUAAGAGAAAUGAUGUAUCACAAAAUUAAGCUGAACAAAAUCCUGUCAAGAAUCACAGAGAAGCCUAUAGAGCAGAUUGAAGCUGACACAGACCGUGAUAAUUUCAUGAAUCCUUGGGAAGCUAAGGAAUAUGGGCUCAUUGAUGAGGUUAUUGAUGAUGGCAAGCCAGGAUUAGUUGCACCCAUCGGAGAUGCAUCACCUCCACCAAAAACUCGGGUGUGGGAUCUGUGGAAAGUUGAAGGGGGUAGGAAAGCCAAGAAGAAUUUACCCACCGAGCAUACACUUUUACAGGAUGGAUAUAAAGGGGGUCAAGAAGGUGAUGGGGAGAGGGGUCCUGAGCAAGAAAAGCAAUCACCUGCUCCUGUAUGAGACUUAACUUCAACUCUUCCCUGCAUCUCUACUUAGUUUACCUGUAAUGUUCAUCUCCCAAAACAGUGGUUAUUGCUAAUUUGUGCUUGUUUAAUGAUUCCUUAUACUCAUUCAGUGCUCAAGGUGUAUUUCCUAUAUAUUUUGAGCUUUGUUUAAUAAUUUUUGUUAAGUGCUCAGGUUGCCUUUUGGGAUAACAGAAUGGUCAAUUGGAAGGGUUUUGGGGCAUUA